UUCCCUCAGCUCAGCUGCUGCGACGGACUCUGUAGACAGACCCGGGACCGCUCGCCAUUUUAAUCCAGCGUUUGGGGUAUAACACGCACACGUUCACCGGCCAGAAGGCGUCUCUCCGCGGCGGGACAUAUCUCCAGGAUGCUGGAAAUGGAAGUGAUCCAUCCCAGCCAACAGGACAUGGACCUGAUCGACAUACUUUGGAAGCAGGACAUUGAUCUCGGAGCCAGGCGAGAGGUGUUUGACUACAACCACCGGCAGAAAGAGCAUGAGCUGCAGAGGCAGCGGGAGCUUGAGGAAGAGAAGAGGCUGCAUCUGCUCCGGGAGCAGGAGAAGGCCCUGCUCGCUCAGCUACAGCUCGAUGAGGAGACGGGAGAGUACAUACCCCGCCCGCUGCCUCCCGGCACCCCGCUGCAGUCCACUGUCACACCUUUAGAGGUGACACAGAAUGUCAGCUACACAGAGGAGAAUGGUGAUGCCAUGUCGUUUGAUGAAUGUUUACAGCUACUGGCAGAUACGUUUCCUGUAGAGGAAACUGAGGACACUUCAGUCUGCCUGGACGCAGCAGCUGUGUCAGUGCCCGGCGGCAGGAGCAGCGUGAUGAUGUCCCCGGAGCAGCCUCCUCUGCCACCAGCUGGCCUCUCCCCAGGUCUGAUACCGCCACCACCACAGAGGAUGUCCCUGGAUUUGGAGCAGGCCUGGAUGGAGCUUUUGUCCCUCCCUGAGCUGCAGCAAUGCCUGAACAUGCAAAUGGAGGACACACUGGAGACGACCACUUACUCUCUUCCAAACAGCCCCGAAGUGCCGAAUCCAAACUUCACUUUUUACCCUAUGACCAAUCUCACAGAGGGGGAAACAAACAGUUUAAAUGCUUGUCCUGCAGAGUUCAUCAAUACAUUCGAUGGACCUGUUCCCACUGUGGCUCCACCGGACAUUCUUAGCCAAAUUGAGGUGAAGGCUCCCGAGUUAAAUACUAACUUUGGCGCAGAAAGUUUCAGUGACAUAUUUUACCCCAACCCCAUCCUGGAAGAGAGCAGCGUUCAGCAAGGCCUUGAAGGAAAUGAAUGUUCAACCAUGUCUGAUAUUCCAAACAAGCCUUCCUUCACACCCAUGGACCUUUACAGUCUCUCGCCCGGAGAUGCAUUUGACAGAAGCAAACAAAAUCUACUGGCUGAAAUGCCAGACUCCGAUUCAGGCAUCUCCUCAAACACAAGUCCAAAUGCUAGUUCACCGGCAAAAUCGGCAUUCGGAGAUGGGUCCUAUGAUUACAGUGAUUCCGACAUGGAGGAGAUGGACCACAACCCUGGAAGCGUAGAGUCCGACUACUCAGAGAUGCUCACGCUAAAUUACCAACCAGAUGAUCUUCAGACAGUAGUUUCUGUAUCUGCACAGAUAGGGCAGCCUCACCUGCGUCAUGAGAAGAAACCUAAACUAUACAAGACAAACCUGGAAGAGGAGAGUGUCCACAACAACAUGCCUUUCACCAAAGACAAGCAGAGGAUGCACUCGGAGGUGCGUCUCCCCAGAGACGAGCAGAGGGCCAAGGCCCUCAAAAUCCCCAUGACCGUGAGCAUGAUCAUCAACAUGCCUGUUGACGACUUCAACGAGAUGAUGUCAAAGCACCCGAUGAAUGAGGCCCAGCUGGCCCUGGUCCGAGACAUACGCCGCCGCGGCAAGAACAAAGUGGCAGCCCAGAACUGCCGCAAGCGCAAGAUGGAGAACAUAGUGGGCCUGGAGGGCGAGCUGGACUCACUGAAGGAUGAGAAGGAGCGUCUGCUGAGCGAAAAGAGCCAGAACGUCACAGACCUGAAGGAGAUGAAGCAGCAGGUGAACAGCUUGUACCGGGAGGUCUUCAGCAUGCUGCGGGACGAGAAGGGGAAUCCCUACUCGCCGUCCGAAUACUCCCUCCAACAGUCCACCGACGGCAACGUCUUCCUCGUCCCUCGCGUUAAAAAGACUUUCAUCAAGGGAGAGGACAACUACAUGACUCCCAUGUAAUAUGGUACUGCGUUAACAUAGUAAUACUAUGCAAUAACCUUGUAGUCGCUCAGCUUUAAAGUAUCAGUAGCUCAGAACUAUUGUAUAGUUUUCGUUUACUCCUCUUGAAUGUGUAAUAUUUUUGAUAUUUUACUUUUGUACUCUGAUACGCUCACAGAUCCAAUAUUGUAUGUAAAUAUACUAUUACUCGCAUUUGAGAUUAACUGUUACGUGAUAUUUGUGUGUAUAUAUAUUGUAUAUAUAAAUAUUAUAUUCCUGUAUGCUGAUGAUUGUUUCAAUCAUUGCUACCUAUAUUUUAUAACUUUCCACUUCAUGAUUUGCUGCCCAGGUUCUUUUUUUUUUUAUUUCUGUGCUUUUCAAUAAACUAUUCCAUCGCUA